GUAGCCGGCUAUUUCUUUCCACUUCGAGCCUCUUCUCUCAUCUCAUCAUCUCUCUCCUUAAAACCCUAAACCCUACCAAAACCCCCAAACGAAACCCACAACCUCCCUUAAAUCCCUCUCACGUUUCUUCGAUUGUUUCGACCAAUUGAUUGGAUUUCCACUCUCUAAUGGCGACCGCCGUGUUGCUCAGAUCUCUUCGUCGCCGCGAUCUCCCCUCCGCUUCUCUCUCUGCCUACAAAUCCUUGACUGGAAAUGCCAAGUCGUCAUGGGCUUUCUCACCUAUGGGUCACAAAUGGGCAAGUUUGGCCAGACCAUUUAGUUCAAAGCCUGCUGGAAAUGAUGUUAUUGGCAUUGACUUGGGUACCACAAACUCAUGUGUUUCUGUAAUGGAGGGCAAGACUCCCAAAGUGAUUGAAAAUGCUGAGGGAUCUCGGACUACACCAUCAGUGGUUGCCUUUAACCAAAAGGGAGAGCUUCUCGUCGGUACCCCUGCCAAACGUCAAGCUGUGACCAACCCAACAAAUACGAUUUUUGGGACUAAGCGUCUCAUUGGUAGACGUUUUGAUGACCCCCAGACACAGAAAGAAAUGAAGAUGGUUCCAUACAAGAUAGUCAGGGCUCCCAAUGGAGAUGCUUGGGUUGAAGCUAAUGGGCAGCAAUACUCUCCAAGCCAAAUUGGAGCGUUCAUUCUGACCAAGAUGAAAGAAACUGCAGAUUCAUAUCUUGGAAAGACUGUCACAAAAGCUGUGAUCACUGUCCCAGCUUAUUUCAAUGAUGCUCAGAGACAAGCAACAAAGGAUGCUGGACGAAUUGCUGGUCUCGAUGUGCAGAGAAUCAUUAAUGAGCCUACUGCUGCUGCACUUUCCUAUGGUUUGAACAAUAAGGAGGGUCUUGUAGCAGUUUUUGACCUUGGUGGUGGAACCUUUGAUGUCUCCAUUUUGGAGAUAUCUAAUGGUGUUUUUGAGGUGAAAGCAACAAAUGGGGACACAUUCUUGGGAGGAGAGGACUUUGACAAUGCUCUGCUGGAGUUUUUAGUGAGCGAGUUCAAAAGAACUGAGGCUAUUGAUCUGUCAAAAGACAGGCUUGCUCUCCAGAGGCUUCGGGAAGCUGCUGAGAAGGCUAAGAUCGAACUGUCAUCAACAUCUCAGACUGAGAUCAAUCUGCCAUUCAUAACAGCUGAUGCCUCUGGUGCAAAGCACUUGAAUAUCACAUUGACCAGAUCAAAAUUUGAGACUUUGGUGAACCACUUAAUUGAGAGGACUAGAAGCCCAUGCAAGAACUGUUUGAAGGAUGCUGGCAUAACAACCAAGGAGGUGGACGAGGUUCUUCUUGUAGGAGGAAUGACUCGCGUUCCAAAAGUGCAAGAAGUGGUAGCGGAAAUAUUUGGCAAGAGCCCAAGCAAAGGGGUAAACCCCGAUGAGGCAGUUGCAAUGGGAGCAGCGAUUCAAGGUGGUAUUCUUCGUGGAGAUGUUAAGGAGUUGCUUCUCCUUGAUGUCACUCCUCUCUCCCUUGGUAUCGAGACACUUGGUGGUAUCUUCACUAGGUUGAUCAAUAGGAAUACAACCAUUCCAACAAAGAAAAGCCAGGUGUUCUCAACAGCAGCGGACAACCAAACUCAGGUGGGUAUUAAAGUAUUGCAAGGAGAGCGUGAAAUGGCAUCUGACAAUAAAAUGCUGGGUGAGUUUGAGCUUGUAGGCAUCCCACCGGCUCCUAGAGGUCUGCCUCAGAUAGAAGUCACUUUUGAUAUUGAUGCCAACGGAAUUGUCACGGUUUCCGCAAAGGACAAGACCACUGGGAAAGAACAGCAGAUCACCAUUCGUUCUUCUGGAGGUCUCUCAGAAGAUGAGAUUGAGAAGAUGGUCAAGGAAGCUGAGAUGCAUGCUCAGAGGGAUCAAGAAAGAAAAACACUCAUCGACCUCAAAAACAAUGCAGACACCACUAUUUACAGUAUUGAAAAGAGUUUGAAUGAGUAUAGGGACAAAAUUCCGAGUGAGGUUGUGUCGGAGAUCGAGUCUGCUGUUGCAGAUUUGAGGAAUGCAAUGGGGAAAGAUAACAUUGACGAGAUUAAAGCCAAGCUUGAUGCUGCAAACAAGGCUGUUUCGAAGAUCGGACAACACAUGUCAGGAGGUUCUGGCGGUGGUUCAUCUGGAGGUUCACAGGGUGGUGACCAGGCUCCUGAGGCAGAUUACGAGGAGGUAAAGAAGUAGGUGGAGAAGCUGACAAUGAGAGAUAAAACUUGUCUUUUGUUUUCAUUGUGUAAUGCUCUUUCUUCUUUAGCGGCUUUUUAUCUAAAACUUGGAGCCUGGGUGUACUGCAUGAAGUUCCAAAUUUAUGUGAUAAUGUUGAUGCACAUUUGAAACUCUUUUGCGGAAGAAAUUUUCCUGCAGAAAUCUGAUGUAGUGACAGACUUUGGUGAUCACCACCUUGUUGGUAAGUGUAGUUUAGUGAAUAUUUUUGUAGAAGAAAUUUUCUUGCUGAAAUCUGAUGUAUAGCUAUUACUUUUGGGGAUCAUUGGUUUGUUAUGGUGUCUUUUGAAAUCUUCAUUGUAAGGUAUCUUUUGAUGUAGCUAUUGCUGCUCUA